AUGACUUCCACCGGCGCGGGCGAUAGGAUCAUCAAGUUUGGGCCAUUCGAGGUGACGAAACAGGUCUUCUUCUCAACCCCCCACUCAUUUGCCCUCGUCAACCUCAAACCCCUCAUUCCCGGCCACAUCCUCGUCUGCCCACACGCGCCGCACCGCCGCCUCACCGACAUGAGCGCGGAGGAGAUGGCGGACCUCUUCACGACUGUGCAACUCAUGCAGCGGCUUCUAGCCCGGGCGUACUUCCCCACCCCGGACCCGGACGCCGGCAGCUUCUCCGUGGCCGUGCAGGACGGCGCGGCGGCGGGCCAGACGGUGCCCCAUGUGCACGUGCACGUCAUCCCGCGGCAGGCCGGCGACCUGGGGACGCCCGAUGUCGUUUACGUCAAGAUGGCGGGCGAGGACGGCAACGUGGGCGGCGCGCUAUGGGAUCAGGAGGUGCGGCGGCGGCCUGUGCCGGGAGGAAGCAUGCCGAGGGUGGAUGACGAGGAUCGACGCCCGAGAACUGAGAAGGAGAUGAUGGAGGAGACGGAGAAGUACAAAGCACUUCUGAGAGAGAUGGGGGUUGAGUGA